UUCUUAUACGUUUUACAUGUUAUUAUUUUAGAUGUUUACAUAUUUAAUAUUAUAAUUUUUAUUUACAACAAUAGUGUUAGGUCGGGGUCAUCGUUCUAUUAUUAGUUGAGUAUUUCACCUUGUUCGAAAAAAGGCGAUAAAAGCUUAUUUCGUCGAUAAGUAAGUUAAAUAUUUUGCAGGAGCAUAUAAUUAUUUAAUCAUCUGGCAAUUUCUUUAACUUUAUGAGAGUUCUAUUUCUUCCGCUAAAGUAUAACUUAUCUUGGCCAUUGCAUAUAAGUGUACAGUUGAAGUUCACAAUGUCGUCUAAGCCCAAAGUUCUGUUGACACAUAAAGCUUUUCCGCAAACAGCUAUUGAUAUGCUUAGUGAAAAGUUCGAUGUAGAAUUGUGCAAUAGCAAAUCUGCCCAGAUCACUCAACAAGAUGUCAUCGAUAAUAUACCAGGAAAAUUUGGAAUUUUUUGUUGUCCUCCCAUUAAGAUUAAUGAAGAAGUAUUGAAGACUGCGGGUCCAAGUCUUAAGGUAGUCGGAACUAUGUCGGUAGGAUAUGAUCAUGUAGACUUGAACGCCUUAAAGAAGUAUGGAGUACGUUUAGGUAAUACACCUGAUGUUCUAACCGAAGCGGUUGCCGAAAUAGCUGUUGGUCUACUAAUAGCUACCACUAGACGAUUUUUCGAAGCGAACAAAGCACUAAAAACAGGUGGUUGGACCAAUUAUUCUCCUGAUUGGAUGUGUGGUCGUGGUAUACAAGACUCAGUCGUCGGAAUAAUCGGAUGUGGAAAUAUAGGAACUUCGAUUGCUGAAAAAUUAAACAAGUUCAAUAUCGCUGAACUGUUGUAUACUAGCCGAAGUGAAAAACCUGCAGUCAAAGCGAUUGGAGGAAAAUUGGUCGCUGUCGACGAUCUUGUUAAGCGAAGUGAUUUUAUAGUCCUCUCCGUAGCUUUAACACCAGAAACUAGGUUUAUCAUUAAUAAAGACCGCAUUGCUAAUAUGAAAUCUAAUGCAGUACUCGUGAACAUUGGUAGAGGAGAUCUUGUAGAUCAAGACGCAUUGAUCGAAGCAUUAAAAGGAAAUAAAAUUAGAGGUGCUGGUUUGGAUGUGAUGACACCAGAGCCGCUUCCACUCGACAAUCCACUAAUGAAUAUGGAUAAUGUUGUAUUAUUGCCACACAUUGGAAGUGCUACAGUUGAGACACGGAGAGAAAUGGCUGAGCUUACGUCUAAAAAUAUUAUAGCCGUUUUAGAAAACUGUGUUAUGCCCAGUGAAGUUAAAAUUUAAAAAGUAUAAUAUGCUGUUUUAUUAUAUAAAUAUAUAUUAUAUUGUUGAUUUGUA